CCUAUUUUUUGUGAUUUCUUUCGCUCCAAAAACACCUGCAUUCGUAUCUGUCCAUCUCCUAUUCGAUUGAAAAUGCUUCUGCUUUCUCUCUCUGCCUCCUCUAUCUCCAACAACAAUGCCUCCCGCAUCAUUUCCCCCAAAUCUCAUCAAAUCAGAGCUCUUUGCCGUGUUUCCCCGAAGCUGCAGCAGCAACUUAAACACCAACAACCGCUCACUCGUCUCUGCUACAAUCCACUCCGAGCGUCGGUGAUGGCGAAGAGAGGUCGUCGAUUUGGUGCGGUUUGUUACUCUUCGCCGCUUUCUCCCGCGAAUCUCCAGUGGAUCUCUGCUGUUUCUACUGCAAUACUGAUGAUAGUUAAGGGGACAGCUAUCCACAAAUCCUUUCUUGUGCCUUUCUUUGUGCUCCAAGCACCCGGAAGCAUCGUCUCAUGGAUGAAGGGUGAGUAUGGCAUGUGGACUGCUUUCUUGGCCCUUCUCGUUCGCCUGUUCUUCCAUAUCCCCAGGGAGUUGGAGCUGCCAUUUAUAACACUUCUGUUGGUGAUUGUUGCUCCCUACCAAAUUAUGAGACUAAGAGGAACCCAAGAAGGUCUUAUUCUUUCAUUGAUAAUAGCAGCUUAUCUGGCGUUCCUGCAUUUUUCUAGAGCUGGCAGCUUGGCAAAAUCUUUCAAUCAAGAUUCAAUCCUUGCUACCAUGGCUACCAUCUGUAUUGUCCUUGUGCCGUGUUUGCUCUUAAUCUAGUUUUAAGAAAUAGCCCCGUUGGCAUGUAAAAUGAUAAUUUGUUAGUUGUUACCAACAGAUUAGAUCAUAUUCUGCUGUUAGUAAAACUGAAUAUUUUAAAGGUGCAUCUGUACAGUUACUUUCUUUGUUGUGCUGUUCUGAAAUCAAUGGUAUUUAGCUAUUUUACUUGUUA